AUGUCAACGACAAUGGUCAUGACCAUGGCCACACAGUCGAUCCCCGCACAGCCGCCAUCGUCCGCAUGCUGCCCGAGCUGCGGCUACGACCUCCCUUCGCUCGACCACUCCCAUGCCGAACUGCUCGAUGCCCAGGCCAAGAUCCGCGAUUUAGAAGGCCAGGUUCACAUCCUCAACCAAAAGGCCACUGCCGCCGUUGACCGCUGGGCCGACUACGAAGAUGAGCUCACCAAGCUGCGAGCCCAACUCGCUCAAAACCACCAGCUCGACCCUCAGCAACAACUACAACCACAACCCCCCACGCCAACUACUCCUACGCCAAACCCUCGCGUCUCCUUCCUCCAGUCAGGGACCUCCCGCCUCUCCGCCCUCCUCUCCCCACGCAAGUCCACGCCGGAUCUGCGCACCGUCGACACUUCCGCCCGCCCCGGCCACCGCAACACCAGCAACCCGAUCCCGCCGCCGUCGCCCUCCACCGAGGACCUGAUAGAGGCUCUAACCCGCGAGCAGGGCCUGCGCAAGGAGGCCGAAACCCAGGUUGCCGCCACGAGCCGCGAGGUCGAGGAGCUAAGCGCUGCCCUUUUCGAGCAGGCCAAUGAGAUGGUGGCUGAGGAACGCCGCGCGCGAGCAAAACUCGAAGAGCGCGUGGGCGAAUUGGAGCGCAGGGACACUGAGAAACGCCGUAGGCUGGAAAAAUUGGAGGGCGCAAUGACCCGUAUCGAGAGGGUGCGCCUGUUGCUGGCGGAGGAGGUUGAGAUCCAGACCAUAUACUCGGAUGACGAAAGUGAGGGGCACAGAGACGAGCAAGAGCAAGACGACAAAACUAUUCACAACAAUGAUAAGGACGACCAAGACGAAAAGGAGAAACAUAAUAUCAAGGAGUGGGACCACGUCGAGAAGCCGGGCGAACCUACGGUAAUGGAAGGGGUGAGGACGUCGAACGGAGCCACGUACAGUGUCGUCUGA